AUGAAAAUACCUCUGGGACAUUACUGUACUGCCUGGCAAUCGAAUCGCUGUGCCGGUGGCGGUAUCUGCAUUGCCGGAAAGUGUGGAUGCCCGUUUGGCAGCUUGCAGCGCGGUCAGCAGUGCAUUGGAAAUGACCAAGGAAAAGCGAACAAUAGCUGUGAAGAUGAUCCUACAACAUGCCGUGAUGGUACUUACUGUUUGAAUGGCGUAUGCGUCUGUCCGCGAGGGCAUAUUUGCGCUGCGCAGCAGUCAAAUGAAAAGACA